UCCUAUAGAACCAAUUUCAAAGCAAGACUUCAGAAUGGCGAGCGUAUUCCUGUACGUUCCCAACCUGAUCGGGUAUCUGCGCAUGGCCAUCGUGGCGUACGCCUGGCUCCUGGUCACCGACGAGCGCUUGUUCGCACUGCUGUUCUUCGUGUCUGUGAUGCUAGACGGCGUCGACGGCUGGGCAGCUCGCCUCCUGGGCCAGUCUUCGGCGUUCGGCACUCUGCUCGACGUCAGCAUCGACCUAGGAGCUCGGGCCAUGCUCUGGAGCCUCGUGUGGCCCCGGUUCGGUGGUUUCAUCUCUUCGAUCGAGUGGCUGGGCUUGCUGUGCAACUACCGUGAAGCCGGAACCGACUGGAAGAAAGACGCCCGACACCACCCGCACUGGAUUCGCACCAUCUUCGCCAACGGGUUCAAGAAUCCAUGGGGCGCCGUGCUGGUGACGGGAACGCAUUUCCUGCCGCUGGCGAUAUUCGCGUACGAGCGGAGCAUCUGGACUGCUCCGUGCGCCCCUUACGUCAUCGCUUUCCUGUGGUUUGGCAAAGGAAUCUGCUUUGCAACCGAAGGUUACUUCAUCUGGUACCACAUAAAGAAGCUGAACGCGUCCUGAACUCACGUAAAACCGGCCGAACGCUUGUAUUACAUUUGUGUACCGUCGUAAUUGACGCAUGUGC